AUGACUGCAUUUGAAGUAGCAGCUAAUGAUGAAAUUCGCCAACUUUUCAUUCGACCUGGUGGUGGAUCGAAUAGAUUCUGUAGUGAUAAUAAUUGCAACAAUCAAAAACAAUUUUUGAUAGUUACAAAUAGCAAUGAACAAGACAGUGACAAUAACAGGGAUGAUGAUGAGGAUACACCGCCAAGAAAAUGGAUUGAUUCAGUAACGGAUGAGGGUUACAUUCAAGGGCUACUAACACUUAAUGCUAUUGGAAAAUAUUUAUUUGGUUCAUCAUUGGCUCGAUCAAUUACGUUUGCUAUGUGUAAUCACUUGCUUCAUGAUCAAUUCUUACCGUAUGAAAAUGAGGCAUCCGUGAGGGAUUUUUUACAACAUCUGAUUGAUACACAUGUUACUCGUAAUCAUCCUCAUUAUGACAAAGCAUGUGCACUGGUAAACAAAUUUGCCCGAACAAAACGGAUUGAACCAUUGCUACGUCUCUAUACACUUGAAACACCAUUGUAUCAUCAAUUACACUAUGAAUCAGAUGCAUGGCUCGUUCCACUUAUCUGUCGCUUUGCCAAUCUAAAACCACGCUUCUUUCAAGGUACAUCCUAUCGUGGUUUGACAAUGAAAUCUCAAGAAUUGAGAGCCUAUCGAUCAGCAUGCAGAAAAAAAUCGUGUGUCAUUCAAAUAAAUACAUUUUGUUCAACAUCCGCUGAUCGUCAUGUUGCUGAAAGUUUUUUAAAUGUUGGCUCUGAUAGUGAUGUGAUCCAUGCUCUAAUGAUUUUUGAAUUUCCUCUUCCAUGUGAUACUGCUAUUCAACUUUAUGCUAUUUCUGACAAAUAUCCAUGCUUGUCUGAUUUUGAAGAUGAGAAAGAAGUCUUAUUGUUACCACGAACAUUAUUCCAUGUUAAACGUAUCGAUAAUGAUGAUAGACAGCAUUACGUGACAAUUUGGCUCGAAUAUGUACCACCCGAACAGUAUCCAUUACGAGCUUAUAUCCGAUGUAUUUCUAGAAGUAUUCGAAAUCGAUGA